CCAUCUAUAUAAUCCUCGCCAUUUCCAGUCUUCUCCCUCCCACAAAAUAACUAGAUCUGAUUCGAAAAAACCAGCCCACCUUUCUGUUCGUCAAAAUUCGCCUAAGAAAAUUCUCAAAUCCCUAACCCUAAUCCUUCAUCUCUUACCAGCAAAAAUGAUGGUUUCUCUAGGCCCCGGAAAAUUCUACGGCACCAGCCUUCCCCGCCCUCGGUUCUACACCGACGUGAAGUUCAACGACGAGCGGGUCGACCCGCCCACGCCGGUCCUCGACCCGCUCCUCUCCUGGGCCAACGAGGCUCACUGGUCCAUGGGCGGCCUUAGCUUCAAGCGCCUCCGGUUCCAGGGACGCAUAGAAGGCAGCGUCAGUAAGCUCCGUGCCGAGCGCGAGAAGCUCGAGAGGAAGAGGAAGAAGGAAGGGAAACAAACAGCCGGAUCUUCCUCCAACGGGUCGGAUCUUGUCGGGUCCGAGCGCAAGAUGGUUGAUUCCGACGAAGAUUCGCCUCCUCCGGCUCCGAUCGCGACGAAGCGGAGGAGGUUCAUGGAUUUGAUCGACGAGGAUGAGGAGGACGACGCGGAAGAGGAAGAGGAAGAGGAGAAGAUCAGGAGUCUUAGGGUUCGGAGGAGGCGGCUGGUGAAGAAGCUCGGGGACGAUUUCGAUCGGGUAGCGCCAGAGAAUGAGAAGGCUGAUCGGAGUCCGUCCAAGAGCUUGGGCAACGGAUCGAGGACUCGGCGUCGGAUUCUGGAGGACAACGAAGCUAUUGAGACUGUGAUGAAUGUGGUUGAGGAGGUAAAUAAGAUGAAUUCUAUGGGCAAGAAAUCGAAGGGGUCCGGAAACAAGGGAAAAGCCGCCGGAGGGAGCGAGUCUCCUCCGGCGAGGGUCAGGACUUCGCUGAGAUUGGCGAAGCGCCAUUGAAGUUUCGAGAUGAA